GGCAGUCUGCCUGGAACUAUUGAACUCUUGGCAUCCCCGGGUACUGGGUAUUGUUCACCGUGCCUGGAAAAGAAUCACCAAACCUCAACUAUAUAAGGCGACCGAUCAAUCCACUAGAUUGACGCAACUCACCAAGCCCAUCAAUACUUGACCGAUCAACACCAAUCGAUCGAUCUUCAUCCUUUUCACACACACAAACACACACAAACACACACGCACCUCUUAAAAAUUACCGACAACCAUGUCCACAACACCAGAUUCUGACCCCACCACCACCGCCGCCCCGCCAGCGGUGACAACCAUCCCCCGCGUCGGCAUCGCCGUCCUCAUCUUCGGGCGCGCCAACCAAGUCCUGCUGGGCGAACGCAAAGGCAGCCACGGCGCCGGCACCUGGGCCCUGCCGGGGGGCCACCUGGAGCCCGGCGAGACGUGGGCCGCGUGCGCCGCCCGCGAGGUCCUUGAGGAGACCAACCUGGCCGUUUCGGGGCUCCGCUUCCUGACGGCCACCAACGACGUGAUGGCCGCCGAGAACAAGCACUACAUCACCAUCUACCUGGGGUGCACGCCGACGCGGCGCGAGGAUUGCAGGGCCCCGCCGCCCGUCAUGGAGCCCAACAAGUGCCGCGAGUGGCGCUGGGUGGAGUGGGAGGAGGUCACGCGGUGGUAUCGGCUGCAGGACGAGGCGGAGAAACUGGCUGCCACAGACUUCACUGCUAGGAAUUCCGCUGGGAAUCCCGCUAGGCUGGGGCUCGAGCAUCCGUUGUUCUUGCCGCUCAUGAACCUCUUUCGGCAGCAGCAGUAUUGGUUGCCGUUGCAGGAGUAUCAGUUGUUGACUGGGUGGGAGGAGGAUCGCUAGGUGAUGAUUAGGGAAAUGAGGUUAUGCAUGUUAUGAUGUUUUCGAUAAUGGAUUUCUUAUUCUUAUGUAUCUUUUUGUGACUACGUUUUGUACUUUUAGACUUGUUGAUCACUUUGUUGACGUUUACUUCGCUCUGGGAGUUAAUUUUAUUUACUGCACUGUAUGGUGAGUAAGCUGUGCCUUAACUGACAUAACUAAUGGAUGG